CUCCUGGUCCCAGUGCUCCAGGAAGAGUGUGGAGGGAGUGAGCAGCCGCCAGGUCUGUGAGCACCUGACUCUGCACACUGAGAGGAGCCCUGAGCUGAGAUGCAUCCCUGGUAUGUGGGCAUCAGCACCCUCCUGUUCUCAGCCCUGCUUCCCUGGCCAGGUGCAGGUAAAUUCCGAGUGCAAGGCCCAGGAGCACCUGUCAUUGCCCCAGUCGGGAAAGAAGCUGUGCUGCCCUGUCACCUCAGCCCAGUGACAGAUGCUGGUGGCAUGGUGGUGACCUGGUCCCGAGUGGAUCCUCCAGCUCUCGUGCAUCAUUAUGCUGCUUCCCAGGAUCAUCUGAAGAAUCAGAGUGCAGAGUACCAAGGGAGGACAGAGUUCCUAAAGGAGAACAUCACCACAGGGCAGGUGGCCCUGAGGAUCCGUCCCAUCCUCCCUCCAGAUAAUGGAGAGUACAGGUGUAACUUUGCAAGCUCCACAUUUGAAGAUAAAGCACAAUUUACAGUAUUGGUCACAGCCUCAGGCACAGCUCCUCAGAUUCACAUUGAGCCUGGAGGCAUUAGCGGGGUGAAGCUGACCUGCACAUCCAGGGGCUGGUAUCCAGAGCCUGAGGUGCAUUGGAGGGACCUUCAAGGACAGCAACGUUUGACAGCAGCCUCUGAGACCAAGACAGCAGCAAGAGAUGGCCUGUUUCAUGUGGAAACAUCUGUCACUACAGAUGCCAACUCAUUAGAUGUGUCCUGUGUCAUAAGGAACCCAGUCCGCAGGGAGGAGAAGGAAGCACACGUUUCUAUAGCAGUUGCCUUAUCCCUCAAGAUCUGGUUCUGGAUGGUGGUGUUUGCUGUGCUCCUGUGUCUCCUGGUUUCUGGCACAAUCUUCUGUGUUCUCUUUGUACAAACUAAAAGAAAACUAGGUAAGUUUGGAGUUGAUAUCAGUAACUUAACGAAAGAAAUUGAGCAAUUGAGUGAAGACUGCGGUCAUUUAAAGGAAGAAAAUGAGAAGUUGAAUGAAGAUAACUGUCGUUUAAAGAAAGAAAAUGGGAUAUUUAAUGAAGAUAUUUCUUCACUCAGUAGGGAACUUGCUCAAAGUAAAGCACUAGGACAAGAGGGACUUAAUGUCAUUCAUAAAUUUGUGGCUGACAUAAUCCUGGAUGAGGACACUGCUCACCCUUACCUUAAGGUGUCAGAGAACAGAAAAUCUGUGAAAUCUCUAAUGGAAAAACAAACUGUUCCUUACAGUCCUAAGCGAUUUGAUACUCACAUGGCUGUUCUGGGGGUGAACUCCUUCUCUGCUGGUGACCACUACUGGGAAGUGGAAGUAGUAGGGAAGGACAGGUGGACAAUAGGACUGUGUGUAAGCUCAGUUAAUCGGAAAGGAGACAUCUUUGUUUCUCCUGAAAAUGGGUUCUGGGCACUUUCCCUGGAGAAUGAUGAGUACAAGGCUCUUUCCACUCCCCAUUCCAUUCUCAUUGUCCCAAAUCGACCUCAAACUGUGGGUAUUUUCCUGCAGUUUAAGAAAGGAAUCAUCUCUUUCUACAAUGUGACAGAUUAUAGCCUUCUUUAUACUUUCAAAAGCACCUUCACCAAACCCCUGAAGCCUUAUUUCUACCCUGGACCUUUUACUCAGGGAAAUACGAGGGAUCUCCACCUCCCCAGGUGUCAGUGACAAAUCCUUUCAUCAUUGCGGGGACACAGCUGAGACACCACAGGGGUGUCCUCAUGGACCUUGAGAGCAUCAGACACCCCACUCAGGAGACUGAAGUCAGGGGAGCCAGGAUCUGCUUCAGGACCAGACUCCUCCAACCUUUGGGGAAACUCAGAGUGACUGACCCCUUGCACCACCAUUCUGUGCUGCCCACAUUUCCAACCUAUUCUCCCAGAAUGUGCUUUACUUUGCUUUUUUGGCUUUAGGAAAAAUGCAAACAUCUACGAAAAAAAAUUCUUUCCUAGGUGUCAGUUAACAGUCUAAAACUAAUUAA